AUGGCACACAUUUCUUUAUUUCCUGAAGACUUGUUAAGCAAUAUCCUAUCGAGGUUGCCAGUCAAAUAUGUUAUGCGAUCGAGAUCAGUCUGUAAGAAUUGGAACUUUAUGCUAAGAAGUCCUAAUUUCUUUUCUCUCUAUUAUAAACACCAGUCAUGUGAACAAGAGAGACUAGCAAAGGAUGGUGUUUCCUCUUUCAUUGUCCUUGAAUACAUUGAAAAUGCUUCAGAGUAUGACUCAUAUGAUGACCCUGCUCAUGUCUUACUAUCGUUUCUUACCGUAAAGAAAAUGGACAAUGAGCUAAUCACAACAGUUGACAAAGUGGAAAAAAUUGACAUCCUCACUUCAGCAUCAUUGGAGUUGUUAUCCACCCAGGAUCGAAUUCACGCUGAUCAUAUUAACUUCGCAAAGGUUUAUGAUGGCAUUAUAUGUCUGGGAAAUUAUGUUGGUGUCGUUUUGUAUAACCCUUGCACUAGAGAAUCUCAAAGGUUACCUUUCCUUCGAUCUCCUCGAUCUACUCCUCGAUCUACUCCGUACAUACAUGAUGAUUAUUAUUAUCUUCAUUUGGGUAUGUGGUUCGAGUCCAAUCAGCAACCCGGAACCAUAAAUCAUUACAAAGUUUUCAGAGUUGUCAAUUUCAAUCGACAUGAAGAUCCUAAUGUGCGCAAUACUUCUGUGAUUGAGAAAUAUGAUUCUGCUGAGGGUUGUUGGAGUGAAAUCAUAACAAUUCGCAAAAGGCAAUAUCAAUCCAGUUCUUACAUGCGCUUGUUAUUCAAUGGAAUCAUUCACUUGUAUGUUGAUGGUGAUUCUGUGGUCACAUUGGAUGCAAGAUUAGAAAAGUUAGGACUCCUUCCACUUCCUUCAGGAUUUAUAUUUAAACAUCUCUGUUUAAAGGGCCUAUUUGUUUUGGGGAGAUCUCUAGCCUUGUUUUUAGAAAAUCCUGAUAAUAGCUUUUGUAACAAUAUAUGGAUGAUGACUGAAUAUGGUGUCAAGGAGUCGUGGACAAAGCAAUACAGUUUCAAUUUUCUUGAUCCGUCUGGACUGUUAUAUAAUGGCUGGAGGCUUUUAGCGCAAUGGAAGUGCAUGGACGAGGACGAGUUAUUCAUUGACCGCACAGUAUCGCUAGACGAAUGUAAAGUCGUCUCUUUUAACCUUCUUUCGGGCAAAUUAACUGAUAUUUAUACUUGUCACAGUCCAAGAAUAUUGACAAUUGUACCUUAUAUGGAGUCCUUUUUUUCAUUUAAGUGA